GCCUUGCACUUCGAAGCGGCGAGGUUGCAGAAGAAAACAAACUGCGUGGUCUACCUCCUGGAAGCACCGCUAUCACUUGAAGGACUCUCAGCAGUUAUCAAAUACGUCACCCACGAGGAUUGAGCGACUGGAAGGUGGUGAAUGUGAGCAGAAUGGCAAAGGAGCCUCCCCACAGACGCGGGAUCACUUUCGAGGUGGGGGCGCAGCUGGAGGCUCGGGACAGCCUUAAGAACUGGUAUCCAGCCAACAUUGAGAAGAUCGACUAUGAGGACGAGAAGGUGCUGAUUCACUACAAGCAGUGGAGCCACCGCUAUGACGAGUGGUUUGACUGGAGCAGCCCUUACUUGAGGUCCAUGGAACGUAUCCAGCUGAGGAGACAGGGGCUGCAGGACAGAGGCUCAAGACCCGGUUUCCAAGUUAACCAGAAAGUCUUGGCCAGCUGGUCCGAUUGCCGUUACUACCCAGCAAAGGUUGUCACGGUCAACAAAGACGGCACCUACACAGUGAAGUUUUUCGAUGGCGUGGUGAAGACGGUCAGCAGUAUGAAAGUCAAAUCUUCUCAAAAGGAGGGAAAUUCUGGAAGGUCGAGGGGGCCUCCACAGAACGUGAGGAGGAGGGAGGCCAACGGGAAAGACUGGAAACCCAAACGGAACGGCAGCAGCAACGGCAGAGCGAAUGGCUCCAGACACAGCCUCUCCGACCAGGAUGGAGAGAGCGAGAUGGAGGAGGAGGAGGAAGAGAGGGAAGAGGAGGAGAGAGGGAGAGAGGAACAGCAGCAGCAGCAGCAGCAGCAGCAGGAGGAGGAUGAAAAAGUGGAGCUGAUGGAACCAGAGGAGCAGGAUGGUGAGAAGCCUUUGAACGGAGAGUCAAAAAAGGAAACUGAGAAGAUGUCCAGAGGAGGAGGAGGAGAAGGAGGAGGAGGAGAAGACAUGGUCUUGAAUGACAAAGCAGAAGGGGAACAGGGUCCGGAUGAGAAGUUGGUGGCGGUGGUGAAUGGGAAUGGAGCUCAUGCUUCAUCGCCGCUGGAGAAGAGCCGGCCACAGAGGGGAGGAGGUGAAAGGAAUGGCCACAGCAAGGCAGUGGUCAACGGCAGCAACCCUGCUCUGGCAAGGCGGACCAGGAGGAGUCUGACGGAAGGGAAUGGGGCUGAGAACAAGGCCAGCGACCUUGAAAGCAAGGCCAGCGACCUUGAGCACAGGAGGAGGAGAGUGUCCCGUGGGCAGACGCCGCCUCCCAAGAGGAGCAGAGCGGCCUCCAGCACAGACCGAAGCAGUCGAGGCCAGAGGCAAUCCAGGUCCGACUCCGUCCCAGCAAGUUCCGAUGGAAGCAGCAAAGAGCCCAAGGGGCCGUCGGGCCAAUCAGAGGGCCUAAAGCAAGACGCUGUGGGCGGGGCCUCAGCUGAUCUCGCCUCUCUCGUCAGACAGCAGGUCCAUCUGCCGGCCACCAACAAGUACAGCAGAGAACCUCUGUACCGGGUCAUCAAAAACCAGCCCCCGCCCAUCCUGUCGAUCGAGUUGGACCACAACCACUUCAAGUGCAAGGUGGCGGGCUGCCAGAAGUCCUUCCGCAAGGCGUCGCUGCUGCACUACCACAUGAAGUACUACCACUCCGAGUGCGAGCUGAGUCCGCCGCGCAGCAUCCAGACACGCGCCUCCGAGAAGCAGGCCGCCACCAUGGACACGCCACGCAGGCGACGCACCGUCUCUUUACAUUCUCACUUGGGUGACAACAAGUCGGGACACUCGCUUUCGCCCCCUCUAGCCAAUGGGGAGCGCCGGCAGCGUUCCAACAGCGAAAAGAGCAAAGAGAACCAGCAGAUGAACCGUAAGACCACAGACGAACCCGACAGCCACACUUUAGAAAUAGGUGGAAUCGAAAAUGAGAGGCUGAGGGAGAAAAGGUACAAGGACUUCUUGCGGAUCAAGCUGAAGAAAAAGAAGAAGAAGAAGAGGCGGCUGAGGUCUAAGUCAGACUAUAGCAGCAGUGAGGAGAACAUUGGCUUAAAUGCUCCUCACUGCGCCCUACCACUGAAUUUGGCCCACAAAUUCCCCCUCUCCCAUAAACACAACAACUCGGAACACCAUACACAGCUGAUGCUCGAUGGCGAAGACAGUGGCAGCGAUUGGUCAACAGACAGCCCCACCUGGAGCGAGGACGAGCUGGAGGCGGAGCUAGACUUGAGCACUCCCCUGGAGGAGCAGGGCGUGGCCAUAGAGCCUCACGGGGUGGAGAUCGUGCGCUGCGUGUGCGAGGUGCAGGAGGAGAACGACUUCAUGAUCCAGUGUGAAGAGUGUUUCUGCUGGCAGCAUGGGACGUGUAUGGGGCUGAUGGAGGACAGCAUUCCCGAGACCUACUCCUGUUACAUCUGCAGGGACCCCCCUGCCCAGAGGCAGAGCAAGAGCUACUGGUACGAGCGCGAGUGGCUGAGCUCGGGCCAGAUGUACGGGCUGUCCUUCCUGGAGGAGAACUACUCUCAGCAGAACGGCAAGAAGAUCGUGGCCACGCACCAGCUGCUGGGGGACGUGCAGCGCAUCUUCCAGGUGCUCAACGGCCUGCAGCUCAAGAUGAGCAUACUGCAGUCUCAGCAGCACCCCGACCUCAAGCUGUGGCGCCAGCCCUGGAGGCAUGCCGAUCCCUCCAAGUGGAGAUCAGAGCCCCCAUCAGCCGCCCCCUCCCGCCCCCCAUCCCCUCCACCGGCGCCUCCCUCCUCCACAGAGCCCUAUGGAGGCCGCCAGGGAGGCUCCUUCCAGGACUCCUAUAUCAGCAGCGAGCACUGCUACCAGAAGCCACGCACCUACUACCCGGCCGUGGAGCAGCGGCUGGUGGUGGAGACUCGUGGCGGCUCGGAGCUGGAGGACAGCCUGCGCAGCACCGAGGACCUGCUGGAGGCGCUGGGGGGCCGCGACUGGGCCAAGACUCAGCCGGAUGUAACGCACGUCAAGAAGGAGGCGGAGGAGGAUUGCCAUGUCAAACAGGACCAGAAGAGAAGUAAGUGGCUGCAGAACGGAGGCGGCGUGGAGAAGAGCCGAGAGCCAGAGGUGAAGGUGGAGGUGGAGGAGGAUGAAGAGCUAGAGGUCAAAGAUCAAGCUGACCCCGAUGUGGUGCUGCAGCAGCAGUGGCAGCUGAACCUGCUGGACCACAUAGAGGCCGUGCAGGACGAGGUCACGCACCGCAUGGACUUCAUCGAGAGGGAACUGGAUGUGCUGGAGAGCUGGCUGGACUACACAGGCGAGCUGGAGCCUCCUGACCCGCUGGCCCGCUUACCCCAGCUCAAACACCGCAUCAAAGAGCUGCUGACCGACUUGGACACCGUGCAGCAGAUCGCAGUCUGCUCCUCGUCCACAUGAUGGCGCCACAUCAACAGGAUCUCACAGGCACACUGGCACAACCAAGGAUCAAAGAUCAGAAAUUAUGAUGAUGGUGGUGGAUAACCUCGAAAUGGAAGCAAAUAAUUUAUAAUCUUACCAUAAAAAAGACUAUUUUUGAGAGGAAAACUGUAACUGGAGAGACUCAGGGGUGAUAACUGUAGCAGACACAUACACACACACACACACACACACGCACGCACGCACGCACGCACGCGCGUAAUCAAGGAUUACCAUUGUCAGCUUGAUUUCCUCUCUUGGGGUGCAACUGAGGGCUGCAAACCUGCAAUGCAAGUUACGGAAGAUAAAGAGGAGCACAAAGCCUUGUCUCAGCGUCUUGUGUUCUUAUGUGUGCAACUGUCCACCUCUCAGCCAUGGUCACUCAACAUUGAGAUGUUGUUAAAUAUUCUCUAUUGAUUUUUUUGAUCUAUGCUUUGUUAAUUACUGUGUAACAUACAUCCAUGGCAUUGGAAUGAAGAUGAUCAAAGUUGUCAUUAAGCUACAAGAGAAUGUCCGUUGAAGAAAAGAAUAUAUAUUUUUGAUCUGCAAAUAUUUGCAGUUUCCUUCUAUAUUUCUACAUAAUACAAUAUGUAAUAUAUCCUUCUCCGUCAAAUCAAAGUACUUGCUCAAGAAGGAGUUGGCCCGGGUUUGAUUGUUCAUUUUGAUUUUUACAAUUAUGUCACUUUUUUGUCAGAAAUAGUCAUGCAGAAUCUGCAUGUUAUAUUCAUAGAAGCUGUAAUUUUCUAAACGAUUAUAACCGAUUAUGCUCUUAGCUGUCCUGACUCUUGCUUAUUCCAGCUGAAACUGCUUUUGCUAUGUGACCUUUACACAACAGAUGUGUAUCCCUGUGAGACUUUCUUCUCAUUUCAUAGGGAAAAUGUAUAGUACUUUUCUAUGUUUUCAUUUUGUAGCGCUCACAUGUACAUUUUAAACUACAAAUUCUUUAUUCUUGUCAUAGCAUAACUAGUGCAAACAUGUCUUUCAUUUCUUUUUUCUGUGUCAAAAGGCACUAGAUGCCAGAAUUUAAUUUAUUGUGGAUUAUUUAAUUUAUUGCCUCUAUGUUCGAUGUGUAACUGAAAAUUUGUCAGUGCAGAAGGUAAUUGUGUUUUGAAAAUAAGCGGCUGGUAUGAAAUUAUGCAACUGAAAAGUGUCCAGCUUAAAGCUAUGGAUGCUGAAAGUUAAAAAUGGUGAUGUUUUUGAACAAUUUGAUAAGGACUUUAGUGCACACACACCACCUGGCGCAUAUGUAUUGUGUGGUAUAGUAAUGCUUGGUCCCAAAAUUGCACAAUUUGAAUUGCAGAAUCCGUUGCUUUAAGCUAGCAAGAAUAUUUCAAACUAGUCUAAAACAGCAUUAUCACGAAAUGUUUGUGUCUCGGCCACAGCCUUGGCCAUAUAGCCCCUCCAUGUGCGGGCAAAUAGAGGGGCACUGACUCCCCGUUUUGAAAUGGCUCUUACUUGUAUGUGUCCUUUUAUAUGUCCAGUUUUAAUUUUUCAUUAUGUUGAAGAGGUACUCACCUCCCAUUUCAAUGUGCUUGGUUAUGUCUGAUUUGCUAUAUUGUUAAUCUGUUGUUGUAUCUGUUACCUGUGUCUGUUAAUGCCUUUCCUACCUCUGCAUGCAGAGUAUGUGAGCUUGGGCCACGGUGUAUUCCCUCCUUUUUGUAUGACAGCCAGUGUCCCUGCAUAAUCUUCAGAUAUUUCUUUUGUAUUACAUUUUGUCUCUUGCCUGUCCAAAAAUAGCAUUGUAUUCAAGAGUAGACAACGCAUUAAAGCAACUUGUUUUAUCAUGAAGAACAAAAGCUCUGGUCUGUGUAAGUCUGAGAUUUUUUU